AUGCGAAAGGAAAUAGCCGGCGAGCCCCCCCUGGAGAUUGAACAGCGCGAGGUGUUAGAAAAAGUAAUUGAAGAACCCGAAAAAGGCGGCAUAACGAUCCACAUUGACAAGGGGCAAAUGCCUGCGGAGCCAAUUCUGUCGAUUCACCCAAAAUUUCGGGGGAUUUCUUCAAAGAGGAGAUUGCGGCUGAAGCCUCCUUUAAAUGAAAAAGCAAUUGAAACAUCAAACAAUUAA